AUGUUCACUUCUUUUUCUCGUUUUAUUUUCCCUAUAUAUGUAGACCUUACUAUGGAUCCUUCGUCGCAACAAGUCUUCUAUCGAGUUCUGAGGCGCCCCGAUUCUACUACCCUGGGUACUAAAGGGUCUGGUGAAGAUAUAUCUACCCUUGAAAACCGAGUAGUGGUUGUCGACCAAGCUACCUGCAGACAAAUGCGCCACAACAAAUCGAUUGUGGAUUCGAUUCGCCGUGGUAUGGACUGUGGCAUAUCAUUAAAUGCCCCUACUUCAACUUCUAAAAGUUAUAUCCCAAUUGAAGAUCUUUCUGAUCGCCUUUGGGGCGAUUGGCAAACUGGUGAUUUAGUGCAGUGCUUCACACUCUCUGCAGAUGUACAAUCAAUAGAUUGGCCAGACAUAGCCCCCAAACUUUUAUCGACAACCGAUGAGCAUCAAGACGAUCUUCUGACGGGCUAA